AUGGCGGCCAUCUCCCAGUUCCCGUUCCCCAUCCCCACAAUCACUCCUGAAGACCUCGCAGCCUUCGACGAAACCCACUUCUCCCCCACCGCCCACACCCACCUCACCGCAAACUUCCUCCCCCCUCCAGACCCCUCUGCCGCCGCCGCCCCUGCCGAAGAUGAAGAAGACACCCUCGGCUACUACCCCGACGGCACAAAACGCACCCUGACCGACACGCAGAUCAGCAUCUUUCGGCACAGCGAGAUCCAGGACCUCCUCCGCCGAAAACGCCACAACCGUAACCGCCGCCGCAAGUUCCGCGAGCGCCAGGCUGCCCAGAAAGCCGCAGAAGCGGAUGAAGUCCGCGCGCAAGCUGCUGCUGAAGCGGCUGCCGCGAACCCAGUCCCGCAGACCGAGGCCACUGAGGGGCAGGUGCGGAAGGGGAGGCUCGAGGCCGCCAUCUGGGCGAGCGCCAUGCAGUGGGACGAGCAGGAGGGGGGUAAUCAGGGGAAGGACCAGCCCCCAGUUGAGGAGCCGAAGGUGCUCGGCAGGGUAGAUAGGGCGUCAGGUAGGGAGUUUUUGUGGCCGGCGAUUGAGAGGUAA